AUGCCGUCACAACUGGAGGAACUAGUGUCUUUUCUGCACUCUUCGCAGCCUGCCGUGAAACAGAUAGCUUUGGACAAUCUCGUGGGCUUUAGCACUGGACCCAAUGCUGCCAUCUUUAAAUAUGACAACUACAGAGCCAUACAAGACUUGAAAGACCUCGCCAGGGAAAACUCAAAGCUUUUGGUACAGCAAUCAGUGACGAUUCUGGCGAAUUUGUCUGAUGAUCCUACGAUGAGGAGAUUGACCGCAGAGGACACUGACUUUGUGGAAUAUUUGACGUGGAAGAUCUGCGACCUUAAAAACACUAGUGCUGACAUUAUGUGUAUUUUGCUUGCGAAUUUGGCGAAAGAAGAUUGUAUCACUAAAGUUUUCUCCUUUACCAAAAAAAGCGGCAACGACGCUAGUAUAGACGGAACCGUUUUCAAAAGCAGCAAGGUGAUGGACUGCCUCAUGGACUGUUUCGUUAAAGGGUUUGAUAGAACGCUCAACAAGUUUGCAAAUUACGAUUACUUGGCCUACUUUUUCUCUGACAUAUCUCGUUUUAGACCAGGAAGGGAGUAUUUCAUCGAAAAACAGGAGUAUGACGGUGUUAUACCGAUUUCUAAGUUGCUAGUUUUCACCGAAAAAUACGAUUGCAAAACUAGAAGAGAAGGCGUUGCUUCCACAAUCAAAAACUCUCUAUUUGAUUCCGAGAAACAUGAGGAACUUUUGACAAAUGAGAGUAUAAACUUGCUACCUUACAUUCUCCUUCCCAUUGCAAGUGCUAAGGACUCUGAAAUAGACGAUGAGGACAUGUUCAAUUUACCAGACGAGUUGCAGCUUUUGCCAGAAGACAAACAGAGAGACCCUGUCCCUGAGAUCAUAUGCGUUCAUUUGGAGAGCAUACUGCUGCUUUGUACAACUAAAGCUGGCAGAGAAUAUCUUAGAAGCAAAUCAGUUUACCCACUUAUUAGGGAGCUCGAGAAGAAUGUGAAUAACGAAGAAAUCAGCGAGCUGUGUGACCGUGUUGUCAACAUGCUAAUGAGAGGAGAGGUCGGCAACGAUCAGGUGGAAGACCUACCCGCAAGAAACGCUGAAGAUGAAAGAGAUAUAGAAAGCUCCGACGAGGAAAGUGAUGGCGACAAUGCGAUAGUAGAGGUCGCAUGA